UCAUAGUGGAGCCACUGCUGCAACUAGCAGUGAUUUUAUAGCGAGAGUUUAAUGUAAUAACAUCAACAAAAGAUAGUAACAUUUUUGAGCAUGAACCGCAUUCCAAGACGUAGAUAGAGCAACAGCAAAUAUGGAACCUUUAGUAGAAAUUCAUCAAAGCAAAUGGCCUGAACUCAGAGAUUUGUAUAGAAACAAUAAUUGGCCAGGCGAUGCAGUUGCAUUCUGCUUGCUAGACACUCAUAUCACAUACCCCAAUCUAGCUAAAUUCUGUAAUCUAAAUGUAUACUCUCCCGAUGCUGACAUCACUAUUGGAUGUGUUGCAAUAUGUUUUACUCUGGGUGAAGUUAUGAUAUUCCCUUUAAAGUCUUUGGACAAAAUUGAAAAGGCUCUAGUUUAUACGAAAAUCAUUGACUGGAGUGCAGUUCCUUAUGUCAGUUCAGCGAGUCGUGCUGUUGAACAAUGUUUACGAAGACUGGAAAAACCACUUAGAAUUAAAAUUGAUAGGGCUGGAAAUUCAUCUUUUACAUACUUUUUAGACAGAGAUUCAAAACCUUUCGAUGUAAGCAAUAGCCCACCAGAAACGUACGUGGCUGAAUUGAAACCUGAGUAUUUGCAUAUUGUUGACCAAACAUGGACAUAUCACUCAGCACAAGACAUGGAACCUUUAGUGGAGAUUCCUCGAAAGAAAUGGCGUGAACUCAGAGAUCUAUAUCGAAACAAUUGGCCAGAAGACGUGGUCGCAUACUGUUUUCUAGACACUCAAAUCUCAUAUCCCAAUCUGACUGAAUUCUGUAACGUUAGAGUAUACUCUCCAGAAGGUGAUAUGACUAGUGGAUUUGUAGCUAUAUAUUUCAACCAGGAUGUCGUGUAUGAAGUUAUGAUACACCCAAUAAAAAGCAUUAAUAAAAUUGAAAAAGCACUGGCUCAUACAAAAAUUAUUAAAUGGACUGAAGGUCUUUUUGUCUCUUCGGCAAGUCUUGUUGUUGAAGAAUGUAUGCGCAGAUUGGAGAAACCGAUUGGCAUAAAAGUGAAAACUGAAGGGAAUAAAGCCUUGAAACAUUUCUUAGACAAAAGUUCGAAACAAUUUGAUAUUAGAAAUAAUCCACCAGAUACGUACGUAGCUGAGUUAAAACCUGAACAUUUGCAUAUUGUUGACCAAACAUGGACAUUUCACAGUGAGAGAUCUUACAAAUUCUUCCAAUCAUUGCUUGAAAACCACCUGAUAUAUGCCCUUUACUCUACAAUAGAUGACUCUCCACUAGCCUGGGUAACAAUUAGCUGGGAAGGAUCUUUAACUCAUCUUUACACUAUAGAAGAGCAUAGAAGAAAAGGUUACGCUGAGCAUAUUCUGAAGGUUGCAGUAAACGAUCAACUUAGCAAGGGAAAAGAUGUCCUAGGCUAUACGCUGGAAAAUAAUUUAAAGGCACAGAAGUUGUUCGAUAAAUUAAAUUUUGAAAGGACUGGAUUUGAUACGUGGUUGUUUAUUGAAAAAGAAUAAAGUGUUAGAAUUACGAACUCAGAGUUUCAUUUUCGAGAAAUCUUAUGUCGCAGGACGAACGUAAAUA